AUGGACGUCCAUGACCGCGCCCAGCCGUUAGACAUUUGCGCCGCAGAUGGUCCCUCAAAAUCUCAAUUGACCUCUGGAUCCAAGGGCCCGUUGUAUAUGCAGAGCUCUGACGGCAAGCAUGUGCUUGUCCGACGACUCAGGCGCAAAGAGGAUGGCUCGUGGAAACAUUUCACCCGGUGGUUUGUUGAAAACCAAAUCAGUCUCUCCUUUAACCUCCUCGCACUCCUAUUCCUCUGCCACAAUUUCAUCCCGAAAGCUCGAGCGCACACCCACAAGUAUUUCCAGCUCGCCUACUACAAUGUCAAAUCCGGUCAGUAUGGCAAUGGUUUUGACGAUACUUACUUCAUUACUUUCUGCAUUGUUCUCUUCACACUCCUGCGAGCUGGCUUCAUGGAGUACAUUCUCGCACCGGUUGCCAGAAUGCAAGGCGUCACCAAAAAGAAGGAUCAGAUUCGGUUUACAGAACAGGCCUGGUUGCUUGUGUAUUACAGCGUAUUUUGGACCAUGGGUGUGUACAUCUACUGCAAGUCGCCGUACUAUCUCAAUCUGCGAGAAAUGUGGACCGACUGGCCGAACCGGGAACUGGAUGGCCUAAUGAAGAGCUAUGUUUUGGCGCAGUGGGCAUUUUGGUUGCAGCAGAUCAUCGUCAUCAACAUCGAGGAGCGUCGCAAGGACCACUGGCAAAUGUUUAGUCACCACAUUAUUACCACAGCCCUUAUUUCCUCAUGUUACUUCUACCACCAUACUCGUGUCGGCAACGUCAUUUUGGUCAUUAUGGAUGUUGUGGACUUAUUCCUGCCGGUAUACUCUCCUCGCCCAUUGAAUAUUGAAGUGUUACGCCACAACUUUACUAACAAGACGCAGGCCGCCAAGUGUCUCAAAUAUGCAGGCUACACAACUCUUUGCGAUAUCAUGUUCGGCAUCUUCAUGCUGUCGUGGUUCGUGGCCCGCCACUUUUUCUAUGUCAUGGUUUGUUGGUCAGUCUACGCUCAUACUCCCGAGAUUAUGCCCUCGGCCUGUUUUCGUGGCAGCAACGACAACCUGACCGGACCCGAGGAGCCACCUCCCGGCUUUUCGUGGCUCAUUGAGCCAUUCCUGAGCUCCACCGGACGAGUGUGCUACAACGAGAUUGUCAAGUGGUCAUUCCUGGCCCCUCUACUUGUUCUUCAGGGCAUCACCAUCUUCUGGUUCACCAUGAUUGUUCGGGUAGCCAUGAAGGUGGUCCGUGGUGAUGGAGCGGAGGAUUCUCGAAGUGAUGACGAGGCUGUUGAAGAUGAGGAUGAAUACGUCUAUGAAGAGGCAGAGCCUCUCGAGGAAGAAGUUGAUGCUGACGAGAUCGAUCUUCGAAGCUGGGAACGAAGAGCUGGCGUUAAGCGACAGGCCAGCAGCUCCGGUGUCAGCCUCCCAGGACAUAGCGAUCGCAAGGAAUUGCUCGGACGCAUCGGCUGCGAGAAGCAGGUUGAUUAG